AGGUGCAGAAGCCUCUCUCAGCAAACCAACUGUUUUCACUGCAGAAGUCUUUCUCAGCAAACCAACUACUUUCACUGCAAAAUUAAAAAGUGCUAGCUGUUUUAGUAUCAUUCCACCUUCCCUACCUUCUUCUCUUCAUUGCCUCUUAUAUUACAAGGUAGGCAUCAUUUCAUUUGGGAUAAAAUCUAUUGCAUUUUCUGCCUUCUCAGAGUUAGAAGCACAAGUUUCAGGCCAGCAGUGACUCAGCUAUCUAUGGAUUGGGUAUGGCCAAGCAUCGAAAUUGUUAAGCUUGUUGGUGGUCGAUUUGUGAGAUAUCUGAAAUCCCAGAUAAAAUAUAAUGAUCUUUUGCAAAAGUUCGAGCAAAGCAAACAACGCUUGCGCAGUCGAAAACAUGAAAUCGAAUCAAAGCGGGAGGCUCAGCUUGAAUCUGCACCUUACCAUGUUGCAACGGCGGGAGUGGAAGAUUGGCUUAAAGCAGUAGAAGAAUUUAUUGGAAGACCGGAUGUUGUCGAUGAAGUGAACAGUUGGGGGUAUCUCUCUUGCUGUUGCCGAGCAGUGAUUCUAGAGGAAAGAAUACAGGAAUUGAAGGAAAUAUAUGAUAGAGGGGAUAACUAUACUAGGGAUUGUUUGGUCAUUGAAGAUCACCCCAAAAAACUCAAUUAUUAUGUGCAGAAUUUUAAUGAAUUGAAAGAGAAGCUGCAGUGCAAACAUGUAGACAUUGGUUCAAAACUGAAUUUACAACUUGUCUUUGGGAAAAUUGAAAUGGAGCAAGUCAAACGUUGGCGGGGAAAAGUGGAAGAGAUGUUGAAGGGAGUCAAAGAUAUUGAAGAUAAAUUGGAGGGAGUCCCUCAGAUUCUUCUAAUUUUCUAUCAAUUACCGGACUGUUUGGUCAUUGAUGAUCCCUCAGCUUCAGCAGUUGAACUGCCAGUAUCAAAAUUACAAGGCAAUGAGGCUGUUAAAGCAAAAAUUUUGGCAUACUUGAAAGGAGAAGAGGUGGCAAAGCUUGGAGUUUGGGGAAUGGGAGGAAUCGGAAAAACAACAAUCAUGAAGCACAUGCACAAUGAAUUGCAGAAACAACCCAAACCCAAAUUCAAGAAAAUAAUUUGGGUAACUGUGUCACAAAACUUUCAGAUCUAUGAUCUGCAAGAACAAAUUGCAAGCAGCUUGAAGGAGUGGCUUUCAAAGGAUCAAAAAAUAGCCGUGCGAGCUGGACAGUUAUUCCAAAUGCUAAAGGAAGACAAACACAAGCCUUUCUUGCUGAUUUUGGAUGAUUUGUGGGAGAGUUUUGACCUUAAUGAAGUUAGAAUUCCUGAGCCAGAUGUAACUAAUGGCUGCAAGUUAGUAUUGACUACACGGUUACUAGAGGUUGCUCGUUCAAUGGAUUGCGAGGGAAUCAGAGUGAACACUCUUCCACAAGAUGAAGCUUUAAAAUUGUUUUUAAAUAAAGUUGGAGAUACUGUUUUAUCAGAUCAUGGAGAAGGCAUUAAAAAUGAUUUAGUUACAACUUUGAAAAGGAUUGUAGAUGAAUGUGAUGGUCUUCCAUUAGCACUUAUUACAGUCGCUGGUAGCUUAAAAGGAACAUCUGAGUCACGGUUGUGGAGUGUUGCAUUGAAUCAAUUGAGAGAUUACAAAAGAAUUGUAGCAGGUACAGAUGAUGAUGCAUUUAAGAUAUUAAAGUUCAGUUACCAUCAUUUGAAAAACCAACAGAUGCGAUAUUGUUUCUUAUACUGUGCACUGUAUCCUGGGGAUUACAAGAUUCUAAAGGAGAAAAUAAUUGAAAACUGGAUUGACGAGGGGUUUAUAGAUGAAAUGGAAUCUCGACAAUCAAUGAAGGAUGAAGGUUAUGGUAUUUUGAGGAAGCUUGAAGACAAUAGCUUGUUGGAAUUGAUUGAAGAUGAAGCUAGCAGACAUUAUGUGAGGAUGCAUGAUGUUAUCAGGGACAUGGCCUUAGACAUUACAAGAAUGAAUCCUCGAUUCUUGGUAGAAGCUGGCAAGGCAUUGAAAGAGCUACCAGAGAGGGUAAAUUGUGCAGAAGGUGUUGAAAAGGUUUCAUUAAUGCAUAAUUAUAUUGAAGAAAUUCCAUCGAGCUUGGCAUUUUCAACAUGCAUAAGGCUCACAACCUUACUGCUAGCCUAUAACAACUUGUCAACAAUUUCAGAAUCUGUCUUUGAGCACAUACCAGAGCUAAGAAUUCUUGAUCUGUCCUUCAAUCAGCGGUUAAGUAGCUUGCCAAAUUCUGUCUCUAAAUUGGUGAAGCUUACUACAUUAUUGUUAGAAUCAACAUCCAUAGAAAAGGUACCAUCUUUAUCUGGCCUUGGAUCCUUGAAAAAGUUAAACCUUAGGGGGGCAAAAAUCAAAGAAGUCCCUGAAGGCAUGGGAAUGUUGAAGAAUUUGAAAUGUCUUUUUCUUUGUGGAUCAGGAGGUUACAACCAUCUUGAAAUAGAUGAAAUAGCAGAUGGAGUAUUAUCAAAUCUCUCCAAACUUCAGGAGUUAAUUGUAAAUAGGAGCAGAAUAAAAUUGAAGGGGGACGUGGUUGGGAGAUUGAUGAAGUUGGAAGUUUUUCAUGGCUGGUUCCCCACUGCGAAUGAAAUGAGAAUCUUUCUCAAAUGUCAGGCUAAUAGGCCGAGUGACUAUUUUAUUAAUGUUGGAAGCAAGUUGUUUCUGACUCAUUAUAUUGAAGAAAUUCUGCUGCCAAGAUUUAAGAAAAUAAUGGUGUUCACGAAGACUAGUAUUGUUGGAGGGAAUAUGUUAUUUCCCUCCAUACAAAUAUUAGGUAUUGAAGCUUGCCAUGACAUAAGAAGCUUAAAUGAUUUUUCUACAAUCAAUGAUGCAACAGAUUUGAGGACAUGUUGGAUUUGGAAUUGUAAUGGCAUGGAGUGCAUUUUUCCCUCGUGGAUAAACAACCUAGUCAUCCAAACCGUUGAGUAUCUGAAUCUUCAGAUUUUGCACAAAUUAGAUGGGCUAUUUGAAGCAAACAUCAUUGCAAAGUCAUCACCUCCACCUGGGACUUUUUCAUCUCUUAAAGGAGUUUGGAUUGGGGAAUGCAAAAAAUUAAAGAAGUUGUUUCCAUCUUGGAAGAUGGUGGAAUAUCUCCAAAGUCUUGAAGGUAUCUCUGUCUACGACUGUGAAGAAAUGCAAGAAAUAAUAGCAUCAAAUCCAGAAGAAGAAGGAGAAGAAGGAGAAGAAGGAGGGGACAUCAUCAAGAAGCUCAUUCUUCCAAAAUUAAAAGGUCUGGAAUUGCGCAAAUUGCCGGCAUUGAAGAGCAUCUGUAGCAGGAGGGCAGUAAUGGUAUGUGAUUCUCUUGAAGAGAUUAUAAUUAGUGGUUGCAAGGGCCUAAGGAGGAUCCCUCUUUCUCUUCCCCUAGUUGAUAACGCCCAAGUAUCUCCUCCUCCUUCCCUCAAAAAAAUCGAACUAGAUCGAGGACGGGAAUCGUUGUCUCAACAAGAACCGGAAUGGUGGAAAUCGUUAGAGUGAGACCAUCCCAAUGCAAAGUAUUGAAAAUCCUGCAUGUGGGCUCAACACAAGGCUUGCAUCCAACCUAAAACCAAUUGGCAAUAGGUGGAGUAGCCCUCCUUAUAUUUAACCCACAAGCUUCUUAUUUUUAUACUCGAUGUGAGAUUUUCCCACUUAACACGCCCCCUCACGUGCAAGCCCGCUAUGAAUGUCGGGUCUUGUCACGUGGGUUAACACGCCCCCUUAAAUGCAGGCCCGGUAUCAACUUCGGGUCCUGUCAGGUGGGCUAACAACGAGCUUCCCAUGUUAAAACCUGGGCUCUGAUACCAUAUUGAAAAUCCUGUAUGUGGGCUCAACACAAGGCUUGCAUCCAACCUAAAACCAAUUGGCAAUAAGUGGAGUAGCCCUCCUUAUAUUUAACCCACAAGCUUCUUAUUUUUAUACUCGAUGUGGGAUUUUCCCACUUAACACAAAGGAUGUCCUUCGACCCAUGGUUCAAUUUGUUCUUCAUGGAUACGGGAUUCCAUAAUUGGAGUCGGAACAGUCGAAAUCGGUGGAUUAUCCACAAGAUUGAAAGGAAGUUGGUUCAUUCAGCCAGUCUGUUGCUUUAAGUUCCAGGCUUCAAAGGAUGUCCCUUCUACUACCCUUGUCUGGAUUGUUUUAGUGUGAUUCUUGUGUUUUUGUACUCUCUCUGUAAAUUAAUUGUGUUGAAAACUGAUUUAGAACACCAUAUUUAUUCUUAUGUAUUUUGCUCCAUUGUUAUAUAUCUUGGUUGUACCAUGUACAAACAUAAGUAUGUGUUUUCAAUCUAAUCUUUGAUGAAUUAGCUGGAAAGAAAGCAGGAAUUCCAUC